AGAUUUUUUUUGUGUUUAUUUUCCUGAAUUUUUGAAGAUCGCAGCUUCAAUUUUUGUACUGUAGCUCAAUCUUCAAAUCUCGAUAUUGAUUUUUUUUUUUUUAAUUACAAGUCAAUUGUUUUGCUAUUGGGUCUGAAAAUUGCUUUGAUUUUUCUUUGAAUUUUUGACCUUGGAAUCCAAUGAAACCAUUCUAAAAUCCCAACUGAGAGAGCUACUUAAGCUCAUUUUGAAUUAUUUUUUAUGUUAUUUGAAUUAGUGUUUGUGGGUAUUUGACUGCCUACUGGAUAUGUUCAUAAGAAGUUCAGUCAGCAAUAUAAAGCUACAAUUGGGGCUGAUUUUGUCACCAAAGAACUACAAUUUGAUGACAGGCUUGUCACUCUAAAAUAUGGGACACAGUUGGGCAGGAGAGGCUUCGGAGUCUCGGCGUUGCCUUUUAUAGAGGGGUAGAUCGUUGUAUUCUUGUAUACGAUGUUAAUGUCAUGAAAUCAUUUGAUACUCUUAACAAUUGGCAUGAAGAAUUUCUCAAACAGUUGGUAGCCUCAAAUGGACUGAGGGAUGCUGGUGCAGUUGCAAGUGCUCGAGCUGCAGAAAUUUAUGGGCUAGAUAUACUUGCUGAGAGAAUCCAGGAUGACUCUGAUAACAUUACUCGCUAUUUGGUACUUGCAAGGGAUCCUAUCAUUCCGAGUACUAAUAAGCCCUUUAAGAUGAGCAUUGUCUUUACUUUGGAAGAAGGUCCUGGAGUGUUGUUUAAAGCCUUGGCAACAUUUGCAUUGAGGGACAUUAAUUUGACAAAGGAAAUUGCUCGGUUAUCCUUUGGUGGAAAAGCCUUAGUAUUGAACUCAUUUCUUUUUUGAUGCAAUUUCAUAUUGAAAGUUGGCCACAGAGAAAGCGCCCAUUAAGGGAAGUUAAUAACCCAAUGGAAGUGCUAAGUGAAUACUUAUUUCACAUUUGAUUUGAAUAGGCUGGAAAACACAUUGAACCUGUAUCACUUGCCUUAGAAUAAGUACAUAUCAUCUGAUCCAUACAAGAUGAUGGGAACAUUCCCAUAAGUUUGUUGGAUGCGUUUGAUUUCUUUUGGUUGAAAGCUACAUUGCAUGGAUAUUGACAUGGGAAGUAGAGUAUACACUAUAAACACUCAGAAUUGCUGGCA